CAUGAUGCACUUUCGUCGUGUUAAUAUUUAUUAGAAAAAAUUGUGAAAAAGUCUCGAACCAACACAAUAUUUUGGAGAAAAGACCAAACUUGCAGCGCAGAACAUGAGAAUUUUUUCCCCUAUUUAUUAAUUAACAUAAAGCUAUUCCUUUAACUCGGAGGGACCAGUUAAAUCAGACAAUGGCCAGCGCUGAGGGAGAAGAUGAUGUUCCUCGAUUCAGGUCGCCAUCUUCGCGCCUUACCCUUAUGUAGCAGAAGAGACCACCAGCUCUAUGUUAGAGUCAUCCCUUCAAAACUUGUUGGAUAUGGGGACUCUGGCGCUUGAAUCUGAAGAUGUAAGGUCAGAUAUAUACCUUUCACUGGGGCUCAAAGAAUUGGACAAAGGAGUUGUGGGAAUUCCACGGGUUUUAUCACUUGUUGCUUCACUUCUAGAGCGAUCAGUUCAGCGAAAUGAAAUGCUAUUGGAGGCAAAGCAAGUAAAAGAUGUAGUUACAGUAUUUCAUGGUCUAAGAGCACCUAGUCUGAGUAUUUCUAAGUAUAUCGACCGUAUCUUCAAGUACUCAGGCUGCAGCCCAUCCUGCUUUGUUGUUGCACAAAUUUAUGUGGAUAGAUUCCUUCAAUGCACUGAAGUUAAGCUUACUUCACUCAAUGUGCAUCGGCUUCUGAUAACUAGCAUUAUGCUAGCAGCAAAAUUUAUGGAUGAUGCAUUCUUCAACAAUGCCUACUAUGCAAAAGUCGGAGGAAUAAGCACAAGUGAGUUGAAUAGGUUGGAGAUGAACUUCCUCUUUAGCAUAGAUUUUAGACUUCAGAUUAGUGAAGAGUCAUUUGGGAAAUAUUGUGUGCAAUUGGAGAUGGAAGCUGCAGAGGCACUCCAGAUUGAGCGGCCAAUGCAGGCUUGUCGAAUCAAAGAAAGCUGGUCAACCAAAGAUGACUCCACUUGUGCUUCGACAAUCGCAAGAUGAAAUUGUUGAAGAUAAGCUGUUCCAAUUCCUCGAUUGCCCCAGACAGAAUCAAAAAUUGUGUUGUAAUAUUAAAAAAUGGAUUGAUUGCUAGUUAAAGGCCAUUGGUGAUUUAAUAUAAUUAUUCGUAGUAACAAUGUGGUGUUUGUUUAUGAUUUCCUCUCUCUUCUCUCUCCUGGUUUAUUGUUUAUCGCUCCCACCUGUACACUUGUAGGUCUAGCCAUAUAGUGUUGAACAUCCCAAGUUUUUCCCUUGUUUCAGACUUCAACUUCCAGUCAGCACCUAGCACAAAAAAUUUGUGAGGCAUGAGUACUGGAAGGUGACACGGAUUUUGACACCUCUGUUGGGAGCAAGGAAAAACCCAGAAGCUGUACUUCUUUCAACCUGGAGACAUAAAUCUGAGUUGCGUAAUGUUCAUUAGGGUCUCGCUUGCAUUCAUCAAAUUCUCCUUCAGAUUAUAUUUCUUAUUUAUUUCGACAGAGAUUUAUUUUGUAACCUCGACGUUAAGUUUUUUAAUGGAAGGCACAAAUAUUUAAUCUUA